UCAACGGUGGGGCCGUCAAACGAAACAUGGCGACCAUUAGGUUAUUGCUAUGAGUGCUGCCUGGUUUUCUAUCGUUAAAUGUGGAAUCAUCGUGCGUUGUGCGGGCUGACGCGAAGCGUCGUGUCCUCGGGGAGGCAAACGCGUCGCUUUAAACUCUACACAACCCGCGUACAUUGCUCCUAGUGCCGAUUCAAUGAAAAGAAUCGGUCUCGUCAACAGUGGCUUGUGGGUAUACACACCCCGACGCGAGACUCCCGAGUGGUUUUAUGGCAUAUCGAGCAUUUUUCUACUAUUCUGAAAUUUUAUCUAUAAUGCACCUAGUAGAAGUGUGAUUUGCGUGGAAAAAUCACAAAUUCUUCACCGCGUUGUUGUCGGACUCGCGAAUCAAAAUGCCGGUCAUCGUUAAAGUGUUUUUAUGCAUGGGGUGUUAGUGGUGGUGAUCACCUCCUCUCACCCCACAUUUUUCUUGUAAAAUCUCUGUGUAUAUUUAAAUUAUUACCGAAACAUGAAAGAACUGUUUCACAUUCGUGUAUCAUUUAUGAUUUUGACAAAUAUGUAGAAAAGAAAUGUGAAAUGUGUAAGGAUGUGUAUAGUGGUGGAAAAAUAAUACAAGGUGGAUAUAGACUUCUUAUACAUGUUUGUUCAGUUUCUCUUUGGAAGAACUAAUAAUACAUCAGAAGUGUUCUAUAUUAUUUGUGCUUUGACUGAUAAAUAUUGCACGAAGGUUAUAAGACAAAAAGGUGUAAUUUCCAGAAAGGAAAAGAUUACGAAGAGUGUAAGGCCAUAUGCCGCCAGCCGGGCUAUCGGCAAGAGGCUUGUCUACCUUGAUGGACCACGGACAACCGGAUGCUCGUCAUCGGAGCGAGCGGUUUCUACUUCAUCCAGAGAAUGGCUCCUCUAAUUCCCAUGGUACUAGCACAGCCAAUUCAUCUCCACGAUAUCAACAUAAUAGUAGAACAAAUAAUCAUUCCACAAGUUACGGAUAUUUGUAUGGACGCGCAUCCAGCAACAAUAUGUCUGAUAGCAGUGUUUCUGAUACGCAUAGUGGUGGUACUGCAAGAACUGUUUCUCAACAGACUAGUCCAUCUCAUGGUACACAUUCCUCUUCUCAAUCAAGACAAGACAAUAGUUCAACAAUUUUCACUGCAUUAUUCGAUUACGUUGCCCAAGGCGAAGAUGAGUUAUCUUUACAAAGAGGUGAAACAGUCGAGGUUCUAUCUAAGGAUUCAAAAAUCUCAGGUGAUGAAGGAUGGUGGACUGGAAAAAUCCAUGGAAAAGUUGGUAUUUUUCCAGCCAAUUUUGUUGCAGAAGCAGAUAGCAUCGAUCGAGUUUCAUCGGUGAUUGACAAAGUUCAACCGGUUGAAAUCGAUUUUGAAGAGUUACAAUUAGAAGAAGUAAUAGGGGUUGGUGGAUUUGGGAAAGUUUAUAGAGGAUUCUGGCAGAAACACGAAGUAGCUGUUAAAGCAGCUCGCCAGGAUCCAGACGAAGAGCCAAGUGUGACGUUAGAAAAUGUUCGACAAGAAGCAAAAUUAUUUUGGUUACUGAAACAUGAGAACAUUGUGCAAUUAGAGGGGGUUUGUUUAAAAAUGCCAAAUAUGUGUCUUGUAAUGGAAUACGCACGAGGUGGUAGUUUGAACAGGGUUCUUAGUGGUAGAAAAAUCAGGCCUGAUGUACUUGUUGAUUGGGCAAUACAAAUUGCCCGUGGCAUGGACUACCUUCACAAUAAAGCUCCUAUAAGUCUUAUUCACAGGGACCUAAAAAGUUCUAAUGUGUUAUUGAGUGAACCUAUAGAAAAUGAUGAUCUACAGUAUAAAACAUUGAAAAUAACUGACUUUGGAUUAGCAAGGGAAGUUUAUAAGACAACUCGUAUGUCAGCAGCAGGCACAUAUGCUUGGAUGGCACCAGAGGUUAUUAAAAAGAGUACUUUCAGUAAAGCCAGUGAUGUUUGGAGUUACGGCGUGCUUUUAUGGGAACUUUUAACUGGUGAAACUCCCUAUAAAGGAAUAGAUGCUUUAGCUGUAGCGUAUGGCGUUGCUGUAAAUAAACUUACAUUGCCCAUUCCAUCAACUUGUCCUCAACCUUGGAGGUUUUUGAUGGAAGCAUGUUGGGCAUCUGAUAGUCAUUCGAGGCCGGGAUUUGCUGAGAUUCUAGUAGCACUAGAUGAAGUACGUAGUGCAUUUGCAGCAACACCGCAUGAAUCAUUUCAUACGAUGCAAGAAGAUUGGAGGCUUGAAAUUGAACAAGUUCUUCAUGGAUUGCGCAUGAAGGAAAAGGAAUUGCGCUGUAGAGAAGAAGAAUUGACAAAAGCACAAGUACAACAACGACAACACGAAGAAAACUUGAGACAGCGAGAACAAGAACUAGCUGCCCGUGAGAUAGACUUAUUAGAGCGGGAACUUACAGUAAUGAUAAUUCAACAACAAAAUACUCCAACACCAAACAAGAGGCGUGGAAAAUUCAAAAAGUCGAGAUUAAAGUUCAAUAAAAAAGAACCUGGGAGUAAUAUAAGUGCUCCGUCUGAUUUUCGUCACACGAUAACGGUUCAACAUACAGCGUUGGAUCGGGGAAAAGUACGAAAUCCAUCACGGCCGAAUAGCCCACCAGGCUCACCUAGUAUUCCAAGAUUACGUGCAAUUGCGUUACCAGCAGAUGGAGUGAAGGGUAAGACAUGGGGACCGUCAACACUCCACCAACGCGAGCGCGGGGCUAUUAUCACACAGCCACCAAAUCCUGCAUCUCCAGGUGGCAAGCGGUGGUCUCGUUCUGCUCCAGAUCUUGAAAAGACACCUCUGCGUACCGCCCUGUUGGCACAUCGCUCCCCGCUUCUUCAAGAAAUAGGCGUUUCUGAGGAAAGCAUCUAUCCCACUCAUUAUCCGGCUCUACCACCUGAUCUGUCAACUGACUGGGUAACAUCAGAUUAUCCUUUGAAACCUGGAUUAACCGGACCUUACAUCAUGCCAAUGCCUGUACCAAUGCCAACUCUUUAUAAUGGAGAAAUGAAGAAACCAAAGUUAAGCAUAAUAGAGCUGGUUUUAUACAAUAUUGCGGCUAUGUUAGCUGGAGUAGCAACUGGAUACGAUGUAAGAAUGUCAAACAUAUCUCCAAUUCAUCCAAGACUGUAUCCAAGGCUUGGUGAAUGUGAAGAUGAACCACCACGAUGGUGGUUCCAAGCAGACACCGGAUCAAAUCGUAAUUCGGGUCAUCUUGGACCUGAUUAUGAAUUUAGUUCCAGUAGUGGAUAUCCUCAUAACACGUAUCAUGGACCAGCAAGACAUUACAGGCCAUUUUUGAGUAACAUGGGUGGUAUAGCACCUGGCCUUCCACCCAGUGUUAUGCCUGACAAACCCUUAAGAUUUACUGACUCACCUCAACAUUAUGCAAGCAGUACAAGUUCGAAUGCACCAACGCCAAGUCCUAGGAGAAAGAGUAGUAGUACGAGUAACGAAGAUGUGUACACUCACGAGACAGGAAGGGUUGAUAGGAUGGAAAGAGUACCAACAAUAUACAUGGGUAAUGUUGCACCUUUUCCAGACUAUGGACCUCCUGUAUACACCGUUGUUCCACCAGAAUAUUAUAGACCACCAGAACCAACGUAUUUUGUACCUACAGAUUAUCAUGAUAGAAUGCUUGAAUGCCCUGAAUUUCCACAUGCUUAUGAUAAUCCGAGCAGUAUAAACAGUCCAGCUCGGCCAGUGUCGAGGCUUCCUUCGUACACCCAUCAUCGUACUUCAUCAAAUGUCUCAAAUGCGAGUACAUCGAGUCAAAGUAACAUUAAUCCAACGUUUCGCUUGGAAGACGAGGACGAUUAUUCUUUGUAUUCACCUGGACAUUAUUAUCAACGAUCUUCAGCUAUUAUUUCCAACGUAGGAACGUAUAGCCCGAGUAUGCUUAAUCACGAUUACGGUUCACAAUUAUUAACCCGUCAGAAUUCUCAUGAUUCAAAUUCAAAUUCAGGAGAUAGACCGAGUAAUUUAGAAGUAGUUAAUCGAUUACGAUCAAGCUUGAAACGAUCAAAUUAUUCGUAUAAUUCUCCGAAUAAAAGUGUUAGCAAAAAUAAUUCUGGUUCGGGUACACCAACGAAUCCUACUCCACCAGAUUCUCUGACAUCCGAGGACUCUAGUUACGUUUCGGCUAAAGAUAGUCAAAUUUCUAUAGGUAGGGUUCGAUUUUCUCCUGUGACAUUUGAUAGAGAUGGAGUUUCGCGUGAACACAGAGAAACAUUACUUGAUAUUCCUGUACAUGGACAAACUCAAGACGCUACUGUUCCGUUACAAGCUAAUCGACGAAUAAAUAGAGGUAGAAAACCAAGUAUUUCUGAAUUAGAAAGAGAAUUUUUGUCAUAGCAUUGGCUUAUUUAAAAUCGUGAACAUAAUAAAAAAUAACGCUCUAAAGAAUUUGUCAAUCUUGAAAGUAAUAUUCAAUUACAAACGAUACGAAAUUGAAGAGUACAUAACGCAGCAGAAAUUUAUUAAAUCAUUGUAACUAUAGAAGAUACAGCGAUGCACGUUGUCAAAGCACUGCCUCCUGCAAAAGAUUUUAUCAUGUAUUAAUGCAGGUCAUUGAGUACAGUAAGAGUUUAACAUUCCAUAUAUAUAUAUUAUAUAUGUAUAAUACUGAGAUAUCCUUAUAAAAGACUCUUAUAUUCAAUUAGACUGUUUUUAAUUUUGGUAAAGAACUGGUAUGUCUCAUGUACGUUUUGUAGGAAUAGUAUGAAUGCCAGAAUUACAUGGUAAUAUGCAACAUUAUAAAACGUUAUUUAAAUUCUACUUUAUGUAUUACAAAUAUUUUAUUCAUACAUUCCGCACAUUAUGCAUCUGCUGUUAGCAUUGAACAUGUAAAUACUAUAUAUUUCUAUCGUUCUCAUAAUCAUCUAAAACAUUUGAGAAAAAGAAUAAAUAUUUUAAUUCAAAUGUUCUCAGAGAAAUCGUAUAUAAGGUAAUAUAUACGUAAUUGUUAUAUUAAACAGUUGAAAACGAUAUUAAUCCCCUUUUUUUAAAUAUUAAGAAUUGAAUUAUAUUCCAUUGACUUGUUCAUCUAAUGCUACUUCAGAGAAAUGAAACAUUAUUAUUCCUUUGAUUAUAUCAUUAUUAAUGUUAACAGCAAAUUUACAUUCCACCAAACUUUUUUGUGACUGAUAAAUUAAUUGAAUGUUGAAUAAUUGUACAAUGAAACAUAAUUAGGAAAACAUUGAUGAUAGUUCAACAAAACUGUUUAUAAUUUUCCUUAUGACACAAAUUUUAUAUUGUAAGCGAUAGACAAUAUAGUAACUUCUUUUUGAAUCACAAUAUUUUCCUAAGUUCUAUAAUGAGAUCCUAUGAGAUCUACAAUGAAUUACAUUUUUCUGUUGCCAUUAAAUUGUCAUGUUUCAUGUACAGUUUUAUUCUUCAAUUUUUAUACAAAUACCAUGGCACUAGAUACACGUGUGAAAAAUUUGUACAGUAGAAAUUUUAAUGCAUUUGUGAGUUAGCAACGUGAUAGACUAUAUUUAAUACGCUAUGAUGAUUAAAAGUAACACUUCUUUUAUAUGUAAAAACAAGUAUGCAUUCAAGUGAUUGGCAUACCUGUAGAAAAGUGUCUAACAUGUUUAGUCUACCUUUAAAGAACUACAUACAUAUGUAGCUAUCUAAGGUGUGAUAUACUUUCAAAAUUAUUUUAAAACAAAAACACUCCAUAUACAUAAUCAUCAUUGUACAUACAAGUAUCGAGAACAGUUAUUGUUUGCUUAAUGAUGUAAGAAUAGUUCAUACAUUCCUUUAUAUCGGUCACGUUGUGUAAAGAAUACUUAAAAUAUUUCUCAGAUUUCUAAGUGCACGAGAAUGUCCCAGAAAUUAUUUUUUACUUACUUAAGAUACUAAUAUAUAAUCAGGAUACCGGGUCUUGAAAAAAUCAAUUCUUGUAAACCCUCUAUUCUGAGUUAUAUUCUGUAUUUUCACAAAUAUGAAAACAAAAUGAGCUAAACUUAAUUUCUUAUUUGUGAAUAUGUUUAAUUUAUUGGUACAGCAAAGAAUAACAACUAACAAACAAUUUGAAUUAAACUUAUGUAAACUAAUCAAAACAAAAAAUUUAUUUACUUGUUGCGUAUAUUCUACGCCGUUAUACGGUAUCAAAAUAACUCAUUUAUCUCAUUAACAUCAUGUAAAAUGAAAAAGCGAUAGUUUUGUUUCAAAAACUAUAUGUUUUUUAUAAUGAUUUCCUGAAUGAUAAUCAGUAUUGUAGGAUAUGUCUCAAUGUACAUAAAAUACAGUAGAGUUACAAAAAGAAAAAAGAGAUAAACUUUGAAAAGGUAUUUUUUGGUAAUUUCUAAUAUUUAUUUGAUAUGUAAAAUGUAAUCUUUUCUCAGUGUGCAGUAUCAAUUUUGAUCUCUAAUAGUUUCUUUUGUUAUGUAAUAUUUGAAAUACUUUACUCAGAAUUUUCCAAAGAACAAUUAAUUGAAUAUACUGCAAAGACAAUUGAGUCUUUCUUAAAAUACUCUAUUUAAUUGGAACUAAUAUUAUAUAAAAAUUGAUUACAUACAAUGUUGAAUGUUCAAUUCAAAGUUCAAUUUGUGAAAUCUUGCAUAAGUAAGGAUAAUUAAUCAGUUGACUGAAAUAUUUAUGAUGUUAUUAAAGACAUAGAGUAAAUAUUUCAUGGAUAUGCCUUUCUAUGUUGUACAAAGAUAUUCUGCGGUGCUAGUAUCAUGUACUUAAUAUGUUAAGAGCAACAAAAAAAUUGAAAAUGCUUCCAAGGUAAUUGAGAAAUAUUUAAUGAAGUCUUAGAAUGCUAACUAAUAUCAAUAAUUGUUGAUAGUAACAAUAACUUAUACAAAACAUAAUAUUAGGCAGCUAUCAACUAUUAAUUAUGUAAUGGCGUAUGAUCGCCAACAGUGCUAGUCUAAGCUAUAUUUAUUUUUUAUAUAUUAUAACUUCUUUAGCUAAAAGUAAGAAGAAGAACUCAGUUUUGUAUUUCAUUAAAGACCAUUUAUAGACUAUAUGUUUAUCUACUAGAAAAAAUAUAUAAGGAAACAGUGUUCAGAACAACUAUGUAAAAAGUAAUUUAGCACAUAUACUAAUAACAUUAAAUCCACUCUCUAAUUCAUAUGCAACAAAACUUAAGUUAUCUUUUAUUAAAUUUAGGAUUGUUUUGUUCUUUUUUAAGCUAAUUAAUGCGACCAAAUAUUGUUGUUCUGAAUGUGUUUCUUUCAGUAUAAAUUUAAAUUGUAAAUAUCUUCUCAUUCAAGUUACACUAAAACUGCAUGCAGCUUAUAAAUUAGUAAUUUGUACAAUGACACUUAUGACCAAGAAGAUAAUUAUGAAGUGUGCUUUUACUGUACACAAAGUAUAUUUACUGUGUUAUCUCCUCUAUUCUUUAUAUGUUUAUUUCCUGUAAAAUAUGCUAAACAAUUUUGUUAUUCCUAAUCACAUUUAAAUGUAACCGAUAUUGAGGAGUUAUCACAGUUCAUUUAUUAUUUGAUAUUCAUAUGUGAAAUUAAUUCUUUGUCAGUAUUUCUUUGUAAUAUAUGAACUUAGAGGACGUAGAAUGUACUGCAACCCGUAAAUUCGUAAUUACUAGCAAUUUAUUUAAAUUUUAAAUUACUCCAUAGUUGUAAGAAUACUACUAAUAAGCUAAGUGCAAUGUGUUCCACGUGUAUUUAAGUAAAAAGUGACUGCUUUGGUGUGCGCCUUGAAAAUAAUGAAAUGCAGAACCCAAAGCUUAAAAAAAGAAAUCUUUUAUGUAAUAUAAUUCUAACAACAAUUAUAAGGAGUUAUAGAAACUUCAAAGUUUUCUGUGGUAAAUAUAGUUUGCCAAACAAAGAUAUUAGGUACUGCAUGACCAUUAACAUGUAUAAACAGAAGAAGAAACAGGAUGAUCUAAUAUGAAAAAAGGAAUAACAAUUAUUCAUUUUGUUAUACAAAAUUAGAAGAAGUUAUUUCAUUAAAAAAAUGCAAUAACAAAUGUCUUCAAUUUUUUACUUAACAGGUUUAAAUAUAACAGUGCAUACCCAAAAAAUUGAAUGGGAACUGUAUCAAUGUGGUGUCUGAUUUACACGAAAAAUUCAUGUAUUUUUCCAAGCAUUGUACAUUACUCUAUAAAUAUUAAUUAUAUAAAUUAUAAAUAGUAACCGGAGUAUAUAUUAUAUUAAUU